AUGUCUCACUGUGCAGAAGCAUUUAGAUAUCUUCAUUUAAAAAGAAAUCUCUGUGUUAUGUUUUAUAAUUUAGCUGAAGUCAAAAAAGUUUUAGGAACUAGUGAGUUUCAUUUACCUGAAUU